AGGUCAUUAGGCUUUCUGAACAAUCUGAGAUUUGCAGUAGCCUGGGGCUUGAAAUUUUCGCAUUCAAAAUUUAGUUUAUUAACAACUCAUUGAGCAGCAUGUAUUGCCUUAAAUUUGGUUUUUCAAUUUUCAUUAUCCUCAUUUUGGCUACGAUUGCCUACGCAUUUGAAGAUGAGUCUAUAUUUGAAGAUGAAGACAUAUAUAAACAGGCAUUACCGCCAGUUCCACACACUGGCAUAACAGUACCAGGUACAAAAUGGUGUGGUCCUGGUAAUACCGCUGCAAAUUACGAUGAUUUGGGUACACAACGUGAAACGGACACAUGUUGUCGCGCUCACGACCACUGUGAAGAGAUAUUAGAACCAAGGCAAACUUUAUACGGACUGAACAACAUGGACUUGUUUCCUAUUUUGAAGUGCACUUGCGAGCAAACUUUCUUAAACUGCUUGCAAGCCAUCAACGAUAUGAUGUCAAAUACACUGGGACGCGUCUACUUUGGCACAAGAAAGAAGUGUUUUGCUAACGGCUAUCCGAUUGUAAGAUGCAGGCAGCAUCAGAAUGGGACAUUUCGAAGACGUUGCAUCCGAUAUGAAGUGGGUAAAAGACCACCGAAAAUAUGGCAGUUCUACGAUAUGCCAUUUUAUAGUUACGGGCGUUAGACCUUGAAAGAAAUUUAAAUAAAUAAUAAAAAGAGACUGAAAACAAGCUAAUUUAAAAUUUA